AUGAAGCAAGGUCUGAGCGUCAUUAUUGACAGCACUUGCAACUUCCAGGAGGUUCUUGACCCGGGAACUGCACUUGCCAAACAACAUAGCUACACCUACUGCAAAGACUCUGACUCUCAUGCCCUCUUCAAGAAGUGGAUUGAGCACCCUUUCCGGCCGAAAGACAAUGCCAUCAUGGUGAACUCCACUGAUGAUCCGGAGAUGCUCCGAGACUAUAUCGUGAAGCAGAUUGUCGAUUAG